AUGGCUGCUUUUCCCGGCUUGGUAGCCCCGGCGCGCCUCUUCGAUGGAGGCGGCUGCUCGGUGCACUGGUUCCGACGGGGCCUGCGGCUCCACGAUAACCCCGCGCUGCGGGCGGCCGUCCGGGAGGGCGGCUCGGUGCGCUGCAUCUACAUCCUGGACCCCUGGUUCGCGGCCUCCUCGGCUGUGGGCAUCAACCGCUGGCGGUUCUUGCUCCAGGCCCUGGAAGACUUAGACAACAGUUUAAGAAAACUAAACUCUCGCUUAUUUGUAGUCCGAGGCCAGCCCACUGAUGUAUUUCCAAGACUCUUUAAGGAAUGGGGAGUGACCCGUCUUACCUUUGAAUAUGACUCAGAACCAUUUGGGAAAGAAAGAGAUGCUGCUAUAGUGAAGUUGGCUAAAGAAGCUGGUGUGGAAGUUGUGACAGAGAAUUCACACACCCUUUAUGACUUGGACAGGAUAAUUGAACUGAAUGGACACAAGCCUCCUCUUACAUAUAAGCGUUUCCAGGCCAUCAUUAGUCGUAUGGAACUGCCCAAGAAGCCAGUUGCUGCCAUAACAAGUGAUCAGAUGGAAAAAUGUAAAACAGAGAUCCUAGAAAAUCAUGAUGAGACAUAUGGGGUUCCAUCCCUGGAGGAGCUAGGUUUCUCUACUGAUGGUCUUGCCCCUGCUGUUUGGCAAGGAGGGGAGACCGAAGCCUUAACUCGUCUGGAUAAGCAUCUGGAAAGAAAGGCGUGGGUUGCAAAUUAUGAAAGGCCAAGGAUGAAUGCCAAUUCAUUGCUGGCAAGCCCCACUGGGCUCAGUCCCUACCUUCGUUUUGGCUGUUUAUCCUGCCGCUUAUUCUAUUAUCGUCUCUGGGAACUAUACAAAAAGGUGAAGCGGAACAGUACUCCUCCACUAUCACUAUAUGGCCAGUUGCUCUGGAGAGAAUUUUUCUAUACAGCUGCAACAAACAAUCCCAAAUUUGACCGCAUGGAGGGAAACCCUAUCUGCAUCCAAAUUCCAUGGGACAGGAAUCCUGAAGCCUUGGCAAAAUGGGCAGAAGGCAAGACAGGAUUUCCCUGGAUUGAUGCUAUCAUGACACAAUUGAGACAGGAAGGUUGGAUUCAUCAUCUGGCUCGGCAUGCUGUAGCUUGCUUUCUAACAAGAGGUGAUCUGUGGAUCAGCUGGGAGUCUGGUGUGAAGGUGUUUGAUGAGCUGCUGCUGGAUGCAGAUUUCAGUGUGAAUGCAGGCAGCUGGAUGUGGCUUUCGUGCAGUGCUUUCUUCCAACAGUUCUUCCACUGCUAUUGUCCCGUUGGCUUUGGUCGUCGUACAGAUCCUAGUGGUGACUUUGUCAGACGAUAUCUGCCAAAGCUGAAAGGCUUUCCCUCUCGCUAUAUCUAUGAGCCCUGGAAUGCUCCUGAGUCAGUACAGAAGACAGCAAAAUGUAUCAUUGGUAUAGACUAUCCCAAACCCAUGGUGAAUCAUGCAGAAACCAGUCGACUGAACAUUGAGCGCAUGAAACAGAUUUACCAGCAGCUGUCACGCUACAGAGGCCUCUGUUUAUUGGCCUCUGUUCCUUCCUGCGUGGAAGACCUCAACAGCCCAGUCACAGACCCUUCUGUGGGGCAGGGAAGCAGUACUAGUACAAUGCUAAGACCACCCCACUUGGGCCAUACUUCUCCAAAACGGAAACAUGAGGCUGUAGGUGAACACAGUGAAGAACUGCACAAACGAGCCAGGGUAACGGCUUUGCAGACCUCAGUCAAUCCACACCAGGAACUUGAGAAUGUGAGGAGCUAG